UGCAACUCUGUCUGUCUGUCUGUCUCUCUUGCUCUCUGGUGUUCUCUGGUGCUCUUAUAUCAACGACGUAAUUUGUGGAUUGCACUUAAACCUGGCUACGGCCGUUUUCACUCAGGAGUAGGCAAAAAAUGGGCACAGGGGUGGAUCAUCGGUGGAGCUGAGGUGGGCCCAGGCGAUGCAGCAGAGCAGACAGCUAGCAGCUAACGACCUGACAUGGCACCAACCUGUCACUCAAAGUGAGUUAUAUAAAAAUGCACCCCCCCCUCAUAGAGUUGUCACAAGCUGGAAUAUUAGCUAUAGAGACUAGUUUUUUGUUACAGGCAUUAAACAUGUUUAUUUCUGCUGUAAAGUUGGGCAAUUUAACUUGGGGGUCUAUGGGGAUUGACUUGCUUUUGGAGCAAGCCUAGAGUGGCCAUUCGAAGAACUGCAGUUUAUUGGCCGCGUUUGCUUCAUUUCUCAGCACUGGCUAGUACCAAAACGUCCAAAAAAUGAGUUGCUAUCAUACUUCUUUUUUUCUUUUUUUUUUAGCUUUGGAAGAAUUUUGCCAUCUGCAUGAAUCAAGAGUAAGUCGUCUGAAAUCACGGGAUGUAAUUAGCAUCGUAGGAAUAAACCGUGGUUAUUCUUUCUCAAGGCGGGUUUUUACCCUUUCAAAGAAAAGAUUAAUAUAGAUAGUCUUUGUCUUCCAUGUAUUGACUUGAUUGAGCGAACAGCACAAAAAGAAAUGGGGAACUGUACAACCCCCCCCCCCGCCCCCGCUACACACAAACUCACCACCUCCCCUCCCCCAACAACCAAACAAUCUGGGAUCUCUAAACAACAAGACUGCCAUGCAGUACAGUAGGACUUAAAAAUUGCUGCUCUGGUGUGUUCAAGUUCUCCGCAGUAAAUGCCGAAUUAAAAAGAGAGUGGCGGUGAAGCCGUGGCCGAACAGAUGAAUGGCUUGUGGCGUGUGUUUACAGCUCUGCAUGUUAUCCGCAACCAACUAACUAUUCUCACCCAACAGACCUUUUAUGUCCACGAUUUGUACUUGAGCAACACCGGAUUCAAAGGGGGGGUCGCUCUGUGUGCCACAUGUUUGUUGUAACUCCUCAGGGUGUAGCCGAGGCAGAGAUCUACCCAGCGACUGGGCUUGGCAUGUUUUGGGGGGGGGGGGCUGCUUGACUUAAGCUGUCAGCCAUUUACACAUAAUGUAUCUUUUAUGAAUGUUUCAUGUGCUGACCUAAUUCCUUUCAGAGACGAGUAAAAGCAAUGUGCUGCACACGAGAACACACCAGAGCAUCCAGCUGAUCCUUUAGACAUCCUCAUCCCACAGCAAGGGGUUGGGAAGGGCCAGGCGAGUGGAAACAGAGCUUUGAUAUGAUCAAUUGGAUGCCCUGGAAAAGCAAGAAUAAAAAGAUCUAGAUCUAGCUUGGAGUUAUUUUCAGGUAUUUGUUUUCAAUCUCCACUGCAUCCCACGGAGACAGGGAAUAGAAACAGCUGAGUGAGAGCUUUAGCGCAAAAGGAGAUAUUUUGCUCUCUGUGGCAGAUGUAAUUAAAGCAAAUGCUUAAGCCCAGAGUAGGAAUGGAGAGCCUGAUCGCUGAUGGACUUAAAAUCUCUCAGUCAGCAGUGUAAAAGAAAGGAAGAUGAGGAGGGGUUGGGGGCAGCAGCUGCAAAAAUCCGCUGGAGCCGGUUGAUCAAUUUGAAGCCCUAAAAAUGUAAAAGGGAAUCUACUAAUCAGCUGUUCUGAUGUGCUCACCCCACGAAAUACAUGCAAUCAUAGAGCAUUAAACAAGCAUUUUACAAAUAGAUUGCUUAUUUGCUAGUUUCCUUCCAACCAGCCUCAAUUGUUGUUAAGACUGGAGCUAUCACAUGUGUGUUCAUGAGCCAAGCGUGCUACUUUUGGAACGAAUAGCCCAUUAUACGAUGAGUCAAUCGACAGAAAAUGACUGUGCUCACAAAAGAAAAGAUCAUAUUUGAUGUUUGUUCAAAUAUAAUCUAAGUUUACCUGAGAGGCACCUCUAGUCGCCAUGUGAAUUACAACUCUAUGUGGUCACGAACAAAGUUGCAAAAACCUCAUAGGGAGGAUUUUGGGUUGGACAGAAUUAAGAUGGUGAUUUUAGCGAACUUCAUACCGAGCAGAGCACCUUUAACGAUGAACUGAUUGGGAAUGCAGCAUUAAACUUAGUUAUUCAAAGACAACAGAAAAUGAAAUAUAGACAUUCACAACACAAAACACAAAAAUGUCAGCACCUCUAAAUGGACAGCUCUUCAAAAUGUGGCGCCAAAGCCUAUUUUCUUCAAACGUAACCUGUUAGUUACCGAUUAAUGAGUGUCAGAAAGCAAAAUUCACCAAAACUGACAUUCCUAAUUGUCAUCCAGAGCAUGUUAGCAUUCUAGUGUUAGCAUUUAGCUCAAAGCCUUGAAUAGCCGCCAGCAUGGCUGUUGACUCUUGUUUCUAACCUAAACCAUGUUCUUUUCCCAAACAUAACCAAAUCAUUCUGUUCGUGAAGCUUACCAAGCCUUAAGCAUAGUGGCAGAUCAACACGUUUUUGUCCAACGGUCUAAAUCAUAUUGUUACAUAAGGAUCAGAUGCGUAACAUUUUUUGGAAAGUGUUGCUGAAACAUGGCCUCCUGCUGAUAGGAAAUGUACUCAUGGAAGGCAAUGAGAAACAGCUGAUUUUGUUGUGUUCUUUGGAGGACUGUUGGAAAACUGAUUGCUAAAAAUGAUGAUAAUCGAUGAAUGGUUUAAGUUAUGCAAGAGAGACAUACUGCAGGUUCGAACCUUUCAACGGUGAGGAUCGGCUGCCUUAUAUGAUUGUAAACUGAAUAUCUUUGGGUAUUAGGCGGUUGGUUUUGACAAAACAAGCAAUCUGGAGACACAGAAUUGUGUCGGGCAAUUUUUGAGGAUUCUCCAACAUUUUAUAAACCAUAAAGAUAAACUGAUUUAUCAAAUCGACAAAGUACCCUUCUGCAACUUUGAGGCUGUGCCAAGUCCGACCCGAGAAACCUGGCCCUCCUCGCAACCCUGAAACAUCCCCUCCGAGGAAUCCCACAGACUAUUCUUGCCCCCCCUACUGCUUCAGUCCCCUAUGUAUCCGUCACUGUGACACUGCGCUGGCUCGUAGGACGCACAGGCUGUGGCUGUACCCGAUGAAUGAUUCAGCAGUUUUAAAGAGGAACAGCACUGGAGUGGAGCAGCAGCAGCAGGGUUUAAUGAACUUUUUAGGAGUUAAAUGUCAAACACGUCGUGAAAACACAGUCGCCCUCCCACUUACUGCCUGCGGAGUGGCUCCGAGCCUUACAUCCUGGGCUACACUCAUUACAGUGUUACGCAUCCGGCUGUCGAGGUGCAUAUUUAAAUAAUUUGACAUUUCAACAUUAAUAAAUAUCUUUUUGGCUGCUUUUUACAUUCAACUUGUUCCUACAUAGUGUGUCUGGUGAUGAACGGUUGGCAGGUAGCAUGAGCGGCGGUAGCGGAUGAACAGCCACAGUUCAUCAAGAGUGAAAAAUGGCCGUGACGGGGCAGAAACAUGUGGAGUGACACCUCACAGUGUUUGUGCGCUCCUUUCACAUUCAUACGGUAUUAUAUAAGUCGAGGUCUGGAGGUGAUUCAAGCGUUAUAUAAUUCUAGUACAAUGACCUUUAAGAGACUAACUCCAGAAACACUCGCGAGUAUAUUUAGUUGGGUUUAUUUUGGAUUAUUGAUGUCUGGAGUUGUGUGCCACUGUUAUCCAGCUUUCUAAGGUUGAGCUGGUUACAGAAAAAACAAUAACAUCACACUGAUAUGGCAUAUUGAUCUACCAUCACAGACAGUAAAGCAAACAAUUGAAUAACUGUUGGAAAAGUCUUGCAGGAAGGCAGAACUAUAUAGAACACCGAUCAUUGUGUGUGUGUGUGUGUGUGUGUGUGUGUGUGUGUGUGUGUGUGUGUGAGUGUGUGUGAGUGUGUGUUUACGUGAGGUCGGUGGUGACACCAGGGUUGCGCCCUUUUCACAUAUUCCCCAUCUUUAAAUGGUACUUUAUGAUUACGUGGCUCCUUUCUUUCCAGACUAAAUGUUGGAUCAUUAAUCAUUUUUCUUUUUUUUGUCGAGUCGGAACAUUAUGUCACGCUAGCAAAAACUGCCCUCCGAUUCAGUUACUUUGUGGCUAAUCCGAGCAACACAGAGCCUCUCUCAGCCAUCACUGAGAAUGUGACUACUUUGCGGUUGAGGGUUUGCAAUCAAUUGCAAAGUGCUUUGGUGUGAAAUUGUCCCACAAAUGUACACUCCAUAACUGCAGGUUCGAGCCGUUAUAUCCAUUUUCUGUCGUCUCCCUUGUGACCGCACACUUAAAUACUCCCCGGUCUCUCUUAACUCAGAACUCACGCGCCCAUACGAACACUGAAAGCGUUGUCGGAUGCCUGUUGUUCCUCCCGCUCAUACCGUUCCUGAACAGAUCCUUUUGUAAUACAGAUCUUCUGUCCUUAUUAUGUGGAAAUAUACAUUCAAAAGUUCAGCUGAUGCUAAUAAUCUUAAUUAAUUAAUCAUUCAGGGCUCAACACUAACUUUCAAAAGUGGUUGCCGGACGGGCGCGAUUGGUUGUCAUUUUUAUUCACCUUUAUGUUGAGUAAUUAAGAUACAAUGCAGUUAUACGUCCACUUAAUAAUGAAAAUGUCACAUGAACAAAUAAAAGCUUUCUUACAACUUUACGUCCAGCUCAAAGAUCCCGGGAUUACAAAUUUCCUUUUUGUUUUCCAUUAUCUGAUUCUUUGUCAGUUGAGUCAAUAUGCACAAUAAUUUGUGACGUUGACUGGUAGGUCGAAACUUUUUACCCCACAGUCAAGCAACUUUAUUUGCUUCGCUGUCGUCUCUAAACAAAACGCACAUGCAGCAAUGUCUGGUUCUUGUUCUGACUCUAACGGCAACAUUAAAUAUCACUAAUGCAACGAAUAUUAAAGAAAUAUUUACGUUGGGGUCUAAAUUUUUCUGUUUGCUGUCCCUAAUUUCCAUAUGCCACUGAUGUCAAUCAAAGGCCAAGAAUCGGUUGCCAAUUUCCGCAAAUUGUUGCCAAUGUUGCCAAUAUUAUUCCAAGAUGGUGACACCUCCUGCUAGCAUUGUGGUCACAUGCUUUUACUUACGUGCACUGCAAAUUUCUUCAGAUUUCUUCAUCUUCAAGUAUGUCAGUAUAUUUUUUUUUAUUAGGUGAUCACAAUUUGUGUGCACACCCCUUUGGCACGCCCUCCACCAUCGGCCACAUUAGAAGAAAUGUUGUAAAUAUUGAAUGAGAUUCAGUUCGUAGCCUACACCGCUGUUUACAUUCUUUGCUUACUGCUCGCGGGUCCCUGAGGAGAAAUCCAGCCCGUAGACUUUCACCAUCUCUGAUGUAGCUCAGCCCUUCCUGCUGUGUGUAUGAGUGGCCCUCUAGAAGAUCGAUCUGAAACCACAAAGGCUUUGUUUACACACCAUGUGAUGAUGUCUGAAUAAUUAAUAAGAAGUCUCCUGUGCCAAUGGAGUGUAUGCAAGUAAAUAAAAGACGUAUAUUUAAAGGAAAAACUUUUUUCGUUGAAAAAAUAACUAGACAACAUUGAACCUAAUAAAAGACUAAAAGCAGUAUUCCUGUAUUAUUGCAAGGUUAUUUGUGCUAAAUAUGACUGCAGUGAGUCUUCUGUUAUCACCUGUGGUAUUUUUUCGUGUUAUAAUUUUCUGACCUGAAGUAGCAGCCUGAUAUUUUUUUAUGUUAACUUGCUGAGAUGUUUUUUAGCAAAGUUAGCAGAAUGUCUUUACGGAUGCCAAUAUCGAUCCGUCCGUCAGUUGGUCGGUCCUCUACUUUGGGAAUAACAUAGAAUCACUUAGGAAAGAAUUAUGACCAGGAUAUGUACUGAGUGGAACGUUUCAGAGUUAAAAAAAAAAAACACAAAAAAAAAAUUGUAAGUGCUCUCUGGUGGACAAACUUUGAAACAUACGCUGCUGCAGAUAUAUUUGCAAUAAGCUUAUAUUGACCACAACAACGUAUCUGUCUGUAAUGCUUAUUUACAAACCUACAUGUACUCUUGUAAAAGCAUCAGUUUCCAGAAGGCAGGGCCUGGUUUGAUCUCUGGGAGGUAUCGUGAACAAGAGCUUAAAGAGGACAUGAAAGCUGCAUGGUCUGUGAUAAUGCAAUUAUCUAUUUCAAAUUAAAUUGUUCUUCCUUCUACAUAUCAUUCACAUGCGCUCAUAUCGAGCUAUGCCAAUGUAUUGUAUGUGUCUGUCAGAGGCUCUAAAGCUUUGUUUAGACUCGUGCUUAGCCUCCGCUGACGGCGCGCAAGCUCCGAGUAUGAACGGAGGCGUUUACACUCUAUGCAAAAAGUCAGCAAAUAUUACCGGAAGGACGUUACCGGAAAAAGAUCAUUAUCCGACACGGAUAAUGAUCCGUGCUUACUGCUUACUGCUGUUAAACCGAAAUAGGCAUAGGAGGUGGUAUGUUCCUCCCAUUACACGUGAAGAGACGUCUCGAUGGCAAUGCAGCCGUAUUGUGAGGCCGAUGCGCGUUUACUUACGCAUGUCUGCUCCCCGUGUUGACGAGCAGGUUGAAUUACAGGGUUAGAUGGAGGUAUCUUCUCGAGAUUCUCUAGAUUAUGCAGUUUAGACAGUCUUGAUUAAUAACUGAUGAUGUUCAUUUUGUUCAGAGCAAUUGGUUUCACAUUACUAAUAAAAAUGUAAUGUUUGCGGUAGUCAUACAUUUAAUUAAAUCUUGCGGCGCAGACGCUGGGCCCCCAGAUAGUCUGGGCUUAGCCUCGGACCUUGUUAACUCGUAGAUACGGCCCUGUCACUACAUGGAGGGCAGUCUACCAACACCUCUCUGUGUGCGAUACAAUUCAAAGGCUCCAGCAACCACAUAGGCUACAAAUGCUUCAGAAAUGACUCUCCUUUCUUCUUCUUUUUAGCAGUCUUUUAACCGUAUCCGCCGUUAACCCUUUGUGUGUAACCUACUGUCGGCAUCUGAAACAGUAUGUUUUGCAGUGAUGAGUGUGUGCCAGUUUAUUUGCCCUCCUCCUCCCGUCCUCAGAGGGGCGGGGUCCACAUGGCACACCAACAGUAGCCGCAGAUGUACUUGGUGGCUCACACUUGGUCACUCCAAGUGGACCGCUCCUGUCGCCGUUAAACUAGUAUUUUACACCUUUUAAAAAAAUAAAAUAAUAAGUACUGUCACGUUAAGUCUUUUUUAGUCAUUCGUUCAUUUCAUAGAAUAGACCGCCGCUCCGAGAGCGUCCAGAUCUCCGCUCGGUCUGAGCCCGUGGGCUGAACACUAUGAUGUGAACACCGAGAGCUGAAGGAGGACUGGGAAGCUGCGUAUCAUAUGAUAUGCAUACGUGAUGGACCAGCAGAGGGCGCUACACUCGGGUUGCCUGGUCUCGGGGGUCCGAACGCCUCCCGUCCGCCGCAACAGCAAGCUGGCCAGCCUGGGACGCAUCUUCAAGCCCUGGAAAUGGAGGAAAAAGAAAAACGAGAAGCUGAAGCCCCCUGCCGCCGUGGAGAAGAAGGCAGCUGCACGACAGAAGAGAGAUGACCUCGUCAGGAGGAACCCCGGGGAGACGGAGACAGAGUCGGAUCUCGCUUGCGGGGGCAACGGUGAGGAUCCGGACACCCCGACUCAGUCUGACGCCGAAGACAGAGACAAGGAGCCAGUGGCGCCUCUGGCCAGCACCAGCGAAGACCUGGGCAGCGAUUUAGAGGCCUCGACAGUGCAAGAUGUGACCGAGGAUUCAAAGACGGUGGGAGAUCCCAGCCAGAGUGAAGACGGAGAAGACGAGAGCACCUCGCUGAGCGACCGCAGCGAUGAGCGCCCGGCGGGGAAGGCGGAGGCCGUCGAAGGGAAGCGGGAGGCGACGGCGGCCCCGCCCGUACGAGCCGCCACCUCUCCUCCACCCAAAGCGCACGUCAAACUGCUCACCAGACUGGGCAGCCUGGAUUGUGCUCCUUCAGUUCCAGUGAAGAAGUCCCCAGCCACCUUACCCAGGAACUUCACUCUUCCCAAAGACUCCCACGGCUCCCUGUUGAGAGGCAGGUUCCUCACGCCCACCGGGUCCCCCCACCUCGGGACGCUGCACUCACAGCUGCCCCCUAGCUGCAUCAUCGAGGAACUGCACCGCGCCCUGGCCACCAAACACAGACAGGACAGUUUCCAGACGAAGGAGGCGCGCUCCUCUCUGAAACGCCGGCUGGACGGCCGGCUGUCCAGCACGGAGAGGGAGCCCGCCGGGGAGUCGGAGAGCAGGAAGGAGUCGGACGAGAACAAAGAGAACUGGCGUCUGGACGAAUACUUGAACGACCAGGACAGCUGGAACGACUCCGUCAUCUCCGGGACCCUCCCGAGCAGGAUGAAGAAGGAGCUGCUGGCCGUGAAGCUUCGGAACCGGCCCAGUAAGCAGGAGCUGGAGGACCGCAACAUCUUCCCUGUGCGCAGCGACCAGGAGCGGCAGGAAAUCCGGCAGCAGAUAGAGACCAAGCUGGCCAAGAGGCUGAGCCAGAGGCCGGCGGUGGAGGAGCUGGAGAGUCGGAACAUCUUAAAGCAAAGAAAUGACCAGACAGAACAGGAGGAGAGGAGGGAAAUCAAACAGCGGCUGAACAGAAAGCUGAACCAGCGGCCGACGGUGGAUGAGCUGCGGGACAGAAAGAUCCUCAUUCGCUUCAGUGACUAUGUGGAAGUGGCCAAAGCUCAGGACUACGACAGGCGGGCUGACAAGCCCUGGACCCGACUGUCAGCUUCUGACAAGGCGGCGAUACGGAAGGAGCUGAACGAGUUCAAAAGCAACGAGAUGGAAGUUCACACUUCGAGCAAGCACCUGACGAGGUUCCACCGGCCAUAGCGAGGUUUCUUCUGUGAAGAGAUGCCAAUAUCCGGUUCUGUCCGUGAAGACCCUUUGCACGGAGUCUUCCAGCACCCCGGCCCACAGUUAGUGGGUGCUCUGGUACUCGUGUCCAGCGAAACCUUGGAGGCUAUGUCUCUAGAAAGGGGAGUUGGCGUUAGACGGCGUGGACGCAAGCAGCGAGCUCCACUUCUGCUCGGAGGAACGGCUCCUCAACCCCUCACUUCACCUCGUCAGAGGAGCGGGGGAGGAGUCAAGGCCGACUUGGAGACUUUAAUUUUGUAAACAGACUCUUUUUGAAAGACUUUUUUCGAUGCCACGGGACGGGAGGGGAAGGAGGGGUAUGUGCAUGUGACCGAGUCAACCAGUCCCACUCCAGUAUCAGUAGUCACAUCCCCAACCCCACCUCCCCCCCCGAGCUGUGUCUAAGUCUCACCAAUUCAGUUGAUGCGUUUCAUAUCGACGGUGUAAACAGAAACCUCGUCUGUGUAAAAGACAGAAUUCCCUUUGUAAGCACUAUUUAUUGUCUGCACAAUACAGGUUUUCCAUUUGUAUCAAACUUUGUCUUGGUUUUUUUGGUGUUUUUCCAAACACAUUUCAGCAUCAGGGCGUAGCAGCAGUGUGUGACAUUCUGAAAUCGUUCUCACAAAGGUCAGAAUUAGGGUGAUAACCGCUGACUAAGCAUCAUAAAUGGGUUGUAAUCCGCUCAGAUUUAUCUAAGCGUUUUAGUGCUCUGGUAAGCGGAUAAUAACAUUGUAGUGAAGUUCACCUCAGAUCAAGCGGCAAUUAGUUUGCAAGUGAAGUCUGGUGACCUGUUUCUUGUCAUGGUCGCUGCGUAUCGUCCUCUGGUGAAGGACAGGCAUCAGGAAAACAAGUGCACCUGCCUGACUUCGUCCAAUUUGGAGCGAGACGUUGAUCUGAUAGCUGUUUGCGCUGCUGCAUAUUACUGGCAGAGGAACAAGAAUGAAAGAAACAAGUCAUUAGUUCUGACCCAGUGCAAAUCCUUUAAUAUAAUAGGAACUGUAGGAACAUUUGAGGCCAUUGAAA